CCUGCUAUCAGAGAAGCGUCUUGUAUGCGCUGGGCCCUGUGCUACCAAGCCACCCAUUAUGCCUUGAGUAGUUUAAAAGAACCAAAACUCUUCAGGGAACACAUGCAGAAAAUACGCAACUCUUAACCUCUUUGAAACAAAACCAUCCAUCAGCAAGAUAUCAGCCUCUCACACACAUGGAGGACCAACCGGCUGCGGCAAAGCGAGCUGCGGGGCUGACGAAGCUCUUCAAUGCCGUCAUCCAUGGCCGUCGUGAACUCAAGACGGCAGCUGAUGGCGGCCGAUUCCUGGAAGCGCUGUGUGCCCAGGGGGAUGCGUCCAAGUGCGUGGAGUGUUUGGUUGCAGCUCCUGGCGGCUUGGGCGCGGUUGCGAAGGCGUUCCGUUUCGCAGGCGAUGGCGCUUUCCUGAACGGCUUGGCCUCUUCCGUCCUUCUACAUCUCUCCCAACCAUCCGUCAAACAACUUUACGGCGGUCAAUUCCUUGAGCGCGUUCUGGAGGCUAUUGUGCAACCCCCGACGUUCUGGAAUACACUUGUGCAGGCGCAUGCUACCGGGCUUCUCUCGGUAGAUGGCACGCGCGCGUUUGCGUGGCUGUUGCUUGAGCUAUUGUGCAGUCGCUCCAAUGACAUGCCAGAUGUGCGACCCAUUGCUGAACAAGUUACCAGCGAAAAGUCGCUCAUCGAUGCGCAGUCUCUAGACGUCCGCAAUUUGGGUCAGAAAAUCAAGCACGUUUUAGAAAGCACAUCCGAUGAUUCUGUCGAUGGCCCCGGUGGCCGGCACGACAACGACAAAGCGGACUAUCGCAAGAUCAAGCUAUUGCCAACACCAGAUGAAUUUGUGUCAGACGCGCAGCCAUUUUACAGGCGCGCAGAUGUUGUCGCUUCGGCUGCUCCAGAAGGCCGCAGCCUGAUACAUCUUGACAAUCAAUUUCGCCUGCUUCGCGAGGAUCUUUUGGGUGAAUUGCGCAGCGACUUUCAGAUUGCCGUUGGCAAAAAGAAGGGGCGGCGCAAAUUGGUACUCGAAAAUCUGCAAUACGCUGGUAUUGACUGUGGUCUGGAUAGGAAACACAAGCCCUGCUCGUUGAGGCUUCGUUGUCCCAAGGGUAUCCCUCAACUACGCAAUCUCAGAACCGUAACCGAUCGUAGGAGGGAGCUCGCCAAUAACAAAAAUAUCUUGAAGCACCUAUCUCUUGGAUGUCUUGUCAGCAACGAACAGCUUAUCACUUUUGCAUAUGUGGACCGUGAUGAGAACCUUCUUGCUCAGGACCCUGCUGUAGUUGUACUCCGGAUCAUCGACGCUAGCUCCUUUGGCAAGGUUUUGAUGGCGUGCAAGAUCGCCCAAGAUCUUUCCUUUGUACAGGUUGACACCGCUGUGUUUUCGUAUGAGCCAAUCCUCAAAUGCCUUCAAUCUCUUAAAGAACUACCGCUGGACGAUCAGCUGCUCAAUCUCACGCCAGAUUCUGCGGAGGCAGUCUCAGGUAUACAACCAACCUAUAUCAUCGACAGGAUUCGAAGGAACUGGAACCAAGAUCUACAGGACAUUGUCGACAGUACACAUGCUAUCAAUUUGGAUCGAGCUCAAGCAGAAUCGUUGUUGGCUGGUCUUAUGAAAAGAGUAAGUCUUAUACAAGGUCCUCCUGGUACUGGUAAAAGCUUCAUUGGUGCGCUCAUCGCCAAAAUCCUGCACGACCAUACCAGAGAGAAUAUACUCGUUCUUACUUACACCAACCAUGCCCUUGAUCAGUUCCUUGAGGACAUACAGGAAGCCGGCGUACCGCCUCAGUCAAUUGUACGACUUGGCUCCAAGUUUACUGCUGCCACUCGAGCAUUGAACAUCAGGGAACAGCCAAACAAUUACAAAAUGACCAGUCAAACAUGGCAUAGCAUCCAAGAACAGAGAGCCAAGGAAGAUUCGUAUUACGUUUCUCUUCACCAAAAAGUAGCAACGUUUGCUUCGGUGCAACUUGAUCACAAAGCCAUACUCGAGUACUUGGAGUUUUCAGAGGAUUCAGAGUAUUUUGAUGUAUUCAUCGUCCCGGACAGCGACGACGGCAUGAAAAUUGUGGCCAGGAACAACAAGCAGGUUGACAAAUACUAUUUGGUGCAAAGAUGGCUUGGAGGCGAAGAUGCCGGCGUAUUUGCUCGCGACGCAGCGCAACAAUAUCCUCACAUCUGGCAAACUUCGUUACAAUCACGGAUGAACCGUCAGAUGAAGUGGCGCAAAGCAAUACUGGAAGAGCAGCUUGCCGAAAUCUCAAAUCUGGUUGACAAAUACAACACGUGUCGCGCUGAGAUCGACAUUCUAUAUCGCCAGAAAGACUUCCAUGUGCUCAAUAACAAACGAGUUAUCGGGUGCACUACCACAGCCGCUGCUAUGUACACCGACGAGAUCCGAAAAGCAGCACCUGGUAUCAUCUUGGUAGAAGAAGCUGGAGAAAUACUCGAGAGCCAUGUACUGACAGCACUGUCACCGUCUACAAAACAACUGAUCUUGAUAGGCGAUCACAAACAACUUCGACCCAAGGUAAACAAUUACGAACUGACUGUAGAGAAGGGUGAAGGCUUCGAUCUGAACGUGUCUUUGUUUGAACGAUUGGUACUUAGUGGCGUUCCACAUACUACGCUCACCAAGCAGCAUCGCAUGCGCCCCGAAAUAUCAUCGCUCGUCAGGUCACUCACCUAUCCAGAACUGGAAGAUGCCGAGAAAACUAAAGGUCGGCCAGCACUGCGCGGUUUUCAGGAUAACGUGAUGUUUAUAUCUCACUCGCACCCGGAACUGAACGCAGAAAAGAUAGCUGACCGGCGUGAUGGUGGGGCCAAAUCUAGCAAGGAAAACAAAUACGAGGCUGAAAUGGUUCUCAAGUGCGUGCGGUACCUCGGACAGCAAGGCUAUGGCGCAGGGGAGAUCGUAGUACUCACUCCCUAUCUCGGCCAGCUGUAUUUGCUUUUGAAUACACUCUCCGCAGACAACGAUCCUAUAUUGAAUGAUCUUGACUCGUACGAGUUGAUAAAAGCAGGUCUGAUGACAGCGGCUAGUGCAAACAUCACCAAACGCAAGCUUCGCAUAUCGACAAUUGCACGCCCUAACAUCACUUCAGACAACUACCAAGGUGAGGAGAGUGAUAUAGUUAUUGCCUGUCUCACAAGGAGCAACAAGAUUGGAGAUAUCGGCUUCAUGUCGUCCCCUCAGCGUGUGAAUGUGUUGUUAUCACGAGCACGCAAUGCCCUCAUAGUUAUUGGAAACCCAGAAACUUUCAUGAACAGUCGCAAAGGCAAGGAGGUAUGGGUUCCACUCAUGAAUCAGCUGAAGCGAGAUGGUCAUGUCUAUGACGGCUUUCCUGUCAAAUGCGGACAACACCCGGAUAAAACCGAGCUCUUAACCAAGAAAGAGCAUUUUGAUUUGUUUUGCCCAGACGGAGGCUGUUCAGAGCCAUGCGGCAAACUUCUCAUAUGCGGUGUUCAUACCUGCCCAAGCAAAUGUCACCAGUUGCAGGACCAUUCGAAGAUAGAUUGCAAGGCUAUCAUCUCAUCAACAUGUUCCAACAAUCACAAAUCCACAAGAAAAUGCCAUGAAAAGGUCCCGGAGCAUUGUCGAAAAUGCGAGGCGGAGGUGCGAGCGCAGGAAAGGAGACGCCAACGAAAUCACGAGUUGGACAGGGAACGUCAGGCCAGACAGCAGGCAUAUGCUGCACGUUUGGCCGAAAUCGAAGAAGAGAUCGAGCAUAAAAAGCGUACUUUGAGAGAGCAAGCCGAUGAGCAGGAUCGCCAGCAGGCAUUGAGACAAAAGGAGCAAGAUCUUCGCAACCUGCAAGAGAAGAUUAAACGUCCUAGACAACAAGCGGCUCCGUCAAAUUCACCGCCCAGCUCCUCAGCAAGUUCAUCGAGCAAAACGAAAACACCAGACUGUGACCCCGCAACUCCGAAGGCGACAAAGACCCGAGCAGAUAGUGCUACAGCCAGCAACAAUUCCCCUGCUUCGGACCAGAACAGAAGCCAGUCCGAUUGGAACAAGAGUGAAGCAAGAGACGAUUGGGAAUGGCAAAAGAAAUUUCAAGGUGCCGAGAAUAAGGCACUGGACUCCCUAAUACCUAUGAUAGGGCUUGAAUCUGUCAAACAGCAAUUCCUCGCAAUCAAAGCAAAGGUCGACACAGUAGUACGCCAAAAUGUAUCACUGAAUGGAGAAAGAUUUGGUGCAGCUUUGCUUGGUAACCCUGGAACUGGUAAAACAACAGUAGCCCGUUACUAUGCCCAGUUCCUGGUUGAAGUUGGUGCCCUUCCCGGAGAUCACUUUAUUGAGAGUUCUGGAUCAGCUCUCGCAAACGAUGGCGUCUCGGCCUGUAAAACCCACAUAGAGACAAUACUCAAGAACAACGGAGGUGUUUUCUUUAUCGAUGAAGCAUACCAGCUGGUUUCUGGAAACAGUUCUGGGGGGAAAGCAGUAUUGGAUUAUCUGCUUGCAGAAAUCGAAAACCUUACCGGCAAAGUCGUUUUCGUGCUGGCAGGUUAUCACAAGCAGAUGGAAGCAUUCUUCUCCCAUAACCCUGGUAUCCCAAGCCGCAUACCAAUCCGGAUGGAGUUCCAGGAUUACGAGGAUCGGGAGUUGCAGCAGAUCUUCUGCCAGUACAUCCAGAAGAAGUAUAGUGGAAGCAUGAAGAUAGAGGAUGGCAUGGAUGGUCUCUAUGUUCGUAUUGUGGCCCGACGGAUUGGUCGUGGUCGCGGUCGCGAUGGCUUUGGCAAUGCGCGCGAGGUGCAGAACAAGAUUUCACAAAUCACAGAACGCCAGGCAAAGCGUCUCCACAAGCAGCGAAGAGCUGGUAAGAUGCCGGAUGAUAAUCUGCUGACUAAAGAAGAUUUGAUCGGUCCAGAGCCUUCCUCAGUGCUCAAGAACAACGCCGCAUGGGAGAAACUCCAAACACUCAUCGGCUUGGGUUCUGUCAAAGAAUCAGUGCGCACUCUACUCGACGGAAUUCAGACCAAUUAUUACCUCGAGUUGCAGGAGAAGCCAAUCAUCCAGUAUUCUUUGAAUCGUUGCUUCAUUGGCUCACCAGGCACAGGGAAAACCAGCGUAGCCAAACUCUUCGGUAAAAUUCUAGCUGAUAUCGGGCUUUUGUCCAGUGGCGAAGUCGUGGUCAAAAACCCAGCAGAUUUCGUUGGCAACGUAAUAGGCGGAUCAGAAGCCAAUACAAAAGCUAUUCUAGCUUCGACUGUUGGCAAGGUACUGAUCAUCGACGAAGCCUACAUGCUUGCCGGUGGUGGAAAGCCAGAUAUCUUCAAAAUCGCAGUCAUUGAUACGAUUGUCGCAGAAGUCCAGAGUACCGCAGGCGAAAAUCGCUGUGUACUUUUACUGGGAUAUAAGGAUCAGAUGGAGGAUAUGUUCCGAGAUGUCAACCCCGGGCUCGCAAGACGCUUUCCGCUUGAGUCUGCCUUCGUCUUUGAAGACUUCAAUGCAACGGACAUACGCCGUAUCUUUGAUCUCAAGCUCAAGGACAUUGGGUUCGAUGCGACAGAUCAAGCCAAGAAGGUUGCUAUGGAGGUUUUAGAACGUGCGCGUAAUCGUCCGAACUUCGGAAAUGCGGGAGAAGUUGAUAUCAUUCUGGACCGCGCCAAGGCAUUACACCAGAAGCAUGUCUCUGCGGGCAAGGUGAAGCAAUUCGGGAAGUUUGAAGCUAUCGAUUUUGAUCCUGACUUUGACCGGGGCGAACGGGCCGCAACUAACCUACAGGCACUCUUCCAAGACGUUGUGGGAUGUGAGGAGCUCAUCAAACAAUUUGACGGUUAUCAAACUACUGCCGCCAACAUGAAAGCUCUCGGAAUGGAUCCCCGCGAACAGCUACCCUUCAACUUCCUUUUCAAAGGCCCGCCUGGUACUGGUAAGACGACUACAGCAGCAAAAAUGGGAAAAAUAUUCUACGACAUGGGCUUCCUCAGUCAGGCCAAGGUGGAGGAAUGCUCUGCAACUGAUCUGAUUGGGCAAUACAUUGGCCACACAGGACCAAAGGUGCAAAAGCUUAUGGAAAAAGCCAUGGGUAAAAUCCUUUUCGUCGACGAGGCUUAUCGACUUGCUGAAGGCCAGUUUGCAACCGAAGCGAUGGACGAGUUGGUCGACUGUUUGACCAAAGAAAGGUUCGCGCGGAAACUUGUUGUGAUUUUGGCUGGCUACGACAAGGAUAUCGACCGGCUGAUGAGUAUGAAUCCUGGCCUUACCAGCCGUUUCUCUGAAACUGUUUUGUUCAAGCAUCUAGAGCCAUCUACUUGCUUUGAGCUACUGAACAAGGUACUCGGCGACUUCCAGAAGAAAAAGAAAGCGCCGCUCGACAUCUCUGUUAUCGAUCCCCCUUCGGAGAAGUUGAGAAAUCGUUUGCUAGAGCUCUUCAGGAAAUUGUCGGUCCUGGAAUCGUGGGGCAACGCUCGCGAUGUGAAAUCUCUUGCUAAGAGCAUGUUCCAGCGACUGAUUUCGACAGCUGUUCCUCCCAUUACCAGUCUCGUCUUGACUGAAAACAUUGUCGUCGAUGAAAUGGAAGCAAUGCUCGCUGAGCGUUCUAAACGCAAUGCUGCCGCAGGCACCAGUCGUUUUGCUAAACAACCGAAUUCGCGACCAACGUACCAACCACAAUCGCAUGAUGCCAGUCCACCAGGUCCAUCAGAUCCAAACGUUGGUACAGACUCUAAAUCUGCGCCUCCCCCGGCGCCGCCAUCUGCCGGGAAGGGACCUGAACCACAAAAGGAUGCACCGAAAUCACCGGAGAAGAAACCUAAGUCAGCCACUGAACCCGAAGAUGAUCUCUACUCCAUUUUCAAGGCCAGGCGCGAUCCAGGAGUGUCUGACGAAGACUGGGAACAACUUGAGCGCGAUAAGCGCUCCAUGGUUGCGAGGGAAGAGGAAUUUCGUCGUCUGCAAGAGCAGAAACGUAAAGAGGAGGAACAGAUCAGGGAGUUUAUUCGUGCGGAAAAAGCUGCUGCUGAUGAAAAGGAGCGACGUGCAAGGGAACAAGCGCGCAUCGCAGCUGAGCUGGAGAGAAGACGUCGCGAUGAAGAAUUGGCGGCUAUUGAGAGGAAGCGACAGAAGGAGAAGGAGAGACAGAGCAAGUUGCGCAUGUUGGGACCGUGUCCAGCUGGCUUCGUGUGGAUCAAGCAGGCCAGUGGGUAUCGGUGUGCGGGCGGGAGUCACACGCUAUCUGACGACGCUGUCGAUGCAUACUGUCGUUGAGGGUGAAGCUGAGGGUGCGUGGCAGGAUGUUUAUGGUUUUGUGUAGGAAGAGAGGGGUAGUAGUGUGCUCCCACCUAUUUGGUAGCGAACUCUUAUCAUGUAUUGUAUUCGGCGCAGUCAUGGGCGCCGCAUUGUAGCGAACACUUUUCAAACCCACGCUUGGCAGUCCCUACACGUGACGAGUCUCUGCCUUGACCCAUACUACUAGAUCUUUCCUUGAUCGAUGCUUGAGGU